UAUAUGGAUGGUAAUCCUGAUUUUUAUCAUUUAUAUUCCAAAUUAAACUGUAUUUUAUAACAAAAUGAGUGAAAAUGUACAAGGUACAUUUGUAUCGGAAAAAAUUUCUAAAAUUAGAUGGAAACACGAAGAUUUUGAAGAUGCUACUAAUUUUAUUACUGGUAGUUGGGACGAUCCGGUAAAUAAAGUAACGCAUUGGACAUUUCAAAUGAAUGAUGAUGGCGAAUCUUAUCCAGCAGUCGUUUCAUCCUAUGCAAUUCUCGGAGAUGUAACUGAAAUAAAGUUUAUUUCGAAAGAUUUUUUUGUGGUGUCAACAUCUAUUGGUACUGUUAGAUUGUUACAAAUCCAUGAAAAUCCAUAUUCUCAAUUUAAAGAACACAUGUCAUGGGAAUUUAUACACAGAUUUGAUAAUACAAAUGAUUAUGCACCUUGUACUGGACUUUCCACAUUUGAACAAGAUAUAGCUUCAGUGGGAGAAGAUGGAAGAAUUAAUCUUCUAACAGCUGGACAGAAACAACCAGUUAGAGUUAUUGAUGAUGCAGAUAGUUGCUCAUUAUAUUGCAUUGAUUUUUUAAGACAUAAUGAGAUACUUACAGGAAAUAUAAGAGGACAUAUGAAAGUCUGGGAUUUAAGAAAUGAUCAAGAUCUUCCUGCUACAACAUUUAUGCUUUCUGAUCAAGCAAAAACGGAAGCUACAAGUAUUGCUCAUCAUCCAACUCAAAGACAUAUUGUAGUGGCUGGUGGUGGUGAUGGAAGUUUAACAGUUUGGGAUUUAAGACAUAAUACAUAUCCAAUGUCUCAACUCAAUGCUCAUGCAAAAGCUGUUAGUGAAAUACUUUUUCAUCCUGAUAGACCAGAAAAUUUGUUUACAUGUUCAGGAAGUGGUGAAUUAUGGCAUUGGAAUAAUGCUCAACAUUCAAAGCUAAGUUUGGAUCCUACAAAUACACAUUGGUUAAAUACAAUUGGUACAAAUGGUAAAGUUAAUGUAACUUCGCUUUAUAGUGCUAUGCAUAAGCCAAUAAAUACUAUUGAUAUUGAUAAAUCAACAUUACUUUUUGGAUGUGAUAAUGAAGCAAUGUACAUUAUUAGAAAUAUAUCUCUUUAAUGAUAUAGCUAAUUAUAUUUUUUCUAAUUAUAAUAAAUGAAAAAAUAAAUAUC